UGCAAAAACAAUAUGAAAUAUGAUCAAGCGAGUACCCGUUCGGCGAACAUAAAACGUCUUUUUUCUUAUCUGAUCUGCAUUGAGAUUGAAGCGGUAUACAAAUAAUUAAUGUCAAAAUCAAACACGGAAGAGUAACUUUUUGUAGCAAUAAUACAGUAUUUCGUCGUUUUGAACACGGAAGGGGUGUAAAAUGGAUUAUGAAGAGGGAGAUAGAGAGUACGUGAAUCUUUUGGAGGAAUCGAGCAGGAGAAUCUGUAAGGAAGAACUGCAUGAAAGAAACGACGCGGAUACGCUGAUUGCUGUGCAAACCUUUCGGAAAUGGAUCAAAGAGCAUAAGACGCUUAAAACACCAACAGACUAUCGAUUUCUACUCCGUUUUCUUCGCGUCUGCAAGUUUAGUCAACUGGAUGCUCGAGAAACUUUGGAACACUUCUGGAGUGUGCGCUGUUCCCAACCCGAGUGGUUUGUGGGAGAGGACCCAACAGAUGAACUUAUGCAGAAGAUCAUACGAAUGCAAAUGAUUUGUUGUCCAAAACGACGAGACAAACACGGUCGUCGCGUCGUGUUCUCGAAGUUUGACAAAUUAGAUGUCGAACUUCUAAAGACAGUCGGCCUGCAUACGUUGUAUAAAGCGUGUUCGCUCGUGUUAGACUGGUUGAUAUACGACGAACAUGUGCAAGUUGAAGGUCAAGUAAUGGUCGUCGACUUCCGGGGUUUAACGUUCAAUGUGUUUAAAGCAAUGUUCAACAAAGAUAUGGAGGAAAAGUAUACAGAUUAUUUUCACCGCGCCUUGCCAAAUCGGAUGAAUUCGAUUGAAGUUGUGAAUGAACCAAAGUUCUUUGACCUGGUUUGGGCAAUGAUAGCUCCAAUUAUGCCACAGGAAAUGAAAGAUCGGUUUCACAUGCACGGCGGAAGUCUUGUGAAAAUAUACGAAGAGGUUGGGUACGAAUGUUUACCGGAAGAGUACUUACCGGAUGACUAUGACGGUCCAAAGUCCGGAACAUGUGAUGAAAUCGUUGAAGCGAUGCUAGAAGACAUGAGGCAGCCCGAGUUUCUGGAGUACAUCCGUGACCUCUCUAGCGGCAAAUACGGGGUGGACAAGGUAAAAGUUCACUCCACGGAGUCAAAAGGAUCGUUCAGGAAAAUUGUGGACUAGCAAGUAUUUUGACAAUUGCAGGAACGAUGUCAAAUAGUUGUCGAUGUUACAGCUUUGUAGCUGGUUGGGAACAGCUUGUUUCUUGAACGUUUUAUUUCUUGCCCAUCCAUAGCUAAUUAGUGUUAUUGCUGUCUGUGAUUUUGUGUUUGUGAAUGUGGGUAAGAUGCAAGCGUGUAUGCGUGCAGGCCUGCCUGUACAUUAUUCUUAUUUUUGUAAUCAAAGUCCAAUUCGACUUGCAAAUGUAGAACAGUUGUUGUUCAAUUUCAUCAGAAUUGAUUUGAUAGAAGGGGAAAAAGAUCGACGGGAUAAAUAUCUGACGCUAACACCCAUAAUACAUGGGUUCGUGUCCUGUUGCAAGCACUUUCAAAAUAGUUAAUUUAUAUUUAUUUUUGAUUUGAGAUGUCAUAGAAUAGCGAUAAAUUUUUAACUAUAUACACUUUGUGUUUACUAACGUUUUUGACAUUUUAAUAUAUUUUUUCUAAGGGGAGUGUGUGAUGUUUUAUAUUAAACUGUCGAGCAGUAUUCAACUAAUACCAUGUGCUUUUGUGUGUUUAUAUGAAAUGACUAAUAUUCACAAGUAUUUGGAGCCUCAAAAAGAAAAUAAGGAUUUAAUAAAGAUGCAAUUUAAAUCACUAUUAAAAUACCUAAAGAUU